AUGACUGAAGGAAACAUCACUAGAGUUACCGAGUUUGUCCUCCUGGGCAUCUCAGAUAAUCCACAAAUGCAAACCAUAUACUUUGCAGUGUUCCUUAUUGUCUAUCUGAUCAAUAUUGUCAGAAACCUGGGAAUAAUCCUUCUCAUUUCCCUUCAUGCCCAACUUCACAACCCUAUGUACUUCUUCCUGUGGCACCUGUCCUUCUGUGACAUCUGCUACUCCUCUGCCAUUGCCCCCAGAAUACUGACUGACCUAUUAUCUGAGAGCAGAAUCAUCUCCUUCCCUGGUUGCGUUGCCCAGUUCUACUUUUUUGCUUCCUUUGUCAAUGCAGAGUGCUAUAUUUUGGCAGUAAUGGCCUUUGAUCGCUACAUGGCCAUCUGCAACCCACUGCAGUAUUUCUCAGCCAUGUCCAAGACUCUCUGUAUCCGUCUCAUACUUGCAUCAUAUCUUGCUGGAGCAACUAACACCAUCAUACACACGACGACCACCUUCUGCCUAAGCUUCUGCUGCUCGAACCUCAUCAAUCAUUUCUUCUGUGAUGUCCCUCCACUCUUGGCAAUCUCUUGUUCAGAUAUUCAUGUCAAUGAGAUCCUGCUUUUCGCUUUUGCCGGCUUUGUUGAGAUGAGCUCCCUUUCUAUCAUCCUGGUGUCUUACAUCUUCAUCUUAGCAGCUGUCUUGAGGAUGAAAGGAAGACUCAGAGUGUUCUCUACCUGUGGUUCCCACUUCACAGGUGUCACUUUGUUCUAUUGGACUGUGAUUUUCAUGUACCUACGGCCUACUUCUGUCUAUGUCCUGGACCAGGACAAAUGGGCAUCUGUAUUCUACACCGUAGUGAUCCCCAUGCUCAGCCCGCUAAUCUACAGCCUGAGAAACAGGGAUGUGAAAGAAGCUUUCAGAAAACUCAUCAGUCAGGCAUGGAAUUCUUUCUUAACCUGA